AUGGCGCGGGCGGGGACGCUGGACAGUGUUCCUGGUGCUGCACGCGCUUACCUCGGCGAGCCGCGGCGGACGCGCGCGGAGCGUUCUGCGGCUCGGAGGCGGGCGCUCGAGGCAGCGGACAACGGAGUGAAGGCGGCACUCGCGGAGGCAGCGGCCCUGCGCAGCGAGCUGGAGGCCGUUCGGCGGUGCUUCGCGUCCUACGUGGGCGACGCCGAACUGGCCGCCCGCCUGGAGGCGAUCGUGCUCGCGCUGACGGCCUUGCUGCGGGGAGUGGCCCCCGAGCAGGAGGAUGCAGUGCGGAGGAAUGUGGCUCUCCACGCCGACGCCCCUGGGGUCACGGUUGCGUCGGCGUGUGGCCUCACCCUGCGGCGGUUCCAGCGGUCCGCCAGGCUGGAGGCGAGGCGAGAGCGCAAGUUCGAGUGCCACGUGGAGAUUUGCGAGGCGGAGGCGCUGCCGCAGCUUGGCCGAGUUGUGGCCCGGCGCACGGCGUUGCGGUCGGCUGCGGGGCCCUUCGCCCCAGCCGGGGUUGACCCCGUUGCCGGCGGCGGCGGUACCCAGGUGAUGCAGGCCCAGACCGACGUCGAUGAGUGCGACGAGGCGCAGCAGCAGCUUAACAUGGAGUUCGAGCUGGCUGGGCGCGCCCGCGUUGGGCGUGGCGCCCGCAUCGGCGAUUGCUACGUGCCUUCCCCUCUCUUCCCUGGGGUGUCGGAGGGUGACUGCGCGGUGGACUUCGUGCAGGCCGCGGGCGCUAUGGCGGCGCCGCCGCGCGCUGCUGGCGAGUGCUCCGACUCCGACGGCGUGAUCCUCGACGGCGAGGCCGACGUGGCCACCGCUUGCUCGGUUGGGGGGCCGCCAGCUGCCGAACCUGCUGGACAUGUUGCUGCCGCCGCCGCCGUGUACCUCGACGCCUUCCCGCAGGCCCUCUUCCGUGGGGGCGGCGGCGCCAGGGCUCGUGGCGAGGUCGCGGCUCGUGACUGGUGGCGCGCGAGGGCGGCCGUCGCCCGCGCUUGGCUCGCAGCGGAUGCCGCGACGGUGCAGGCGCCCUCGGAUGAAGGAGCGAGCGCUGGAGGUACUGCAGGCGGGGCGCCGCUGCCUCCAGGCUUGGAUCCGAGGAGUGGUUGGAGCAGCGUGGUUAGUGCUCCUCGUGAGACGUUUUUUCCUUGCGUGUUCGGAAUGCCUUCUGAGUGA